AUGUUUGAUCUGCCAGAAGCCAAGCGAGUCCGGCGUGAUGAAAUCCUCUCAGCUCAUUCCUCUCCUGCGACUUCACCGAACAUCCUUGCUGCAGACAAUGACGACGCAUACUCGAGAUUGGGGAAACUGCUUGCCUUUGAUACAUUCACAAUAGACAAUGGUAAUGAAAACACAGGCGCAGGCCAGACUCUAGAUGGCGGGUUGGAAAAUGCCGAGUUGUCGAAAGAGACAAACGAAGAUGAUCAGGAACAGGAAUUUGAAUUCCGACUAUUCAGCGCACCGAAAAAGCAAGAUCCCUCGACAGUAAAAACAAAUCAAGAUCAUGAUGGUAGUGAAGAUAUUAUCAAACCGCAAAAACUAAGGAUCCGGCUACGCUCGCCAACACCAGGCGACAUUCAAUCAGAAGGCCGUUUCGUUGUGCCCUUUCGCGGAUGGCAUUAUUACGUUACGAAACCGGAGUUGAUGCAUUUACCACAUGAUGAAGAACAAGCAAGUGCAGAAUCAAGAAAGCGGAGUGAAUUCGAGGACGUUGCUGUUACAGGUACCCAGUUACGUGAAUGGGCACGGUCAACGAAAUUACCAGGCUGCCAUUUACCCUGGCGGGUCCUCCGAAUCAAGGCAUUUGAUCAUAGAGUACCCAAACCUACGAGCACGAUAACUCCAGUGUUAUCGUCAUCCGGCUCAUCUGGUGAAAAAAAGAAGAAAUCAAAACCGGGAAAGAAGCGGCGCAUCAUUUUGCGUACUCGCGCUGCUGCGACUACCUCCGCGAGCACUAUGACAGAUGCAGAGAAGCGGAAUAAAAAGAACCGAGAAAAGAAAGUUAGGAAACGCCAGAGAGAGAGGGAAAGAAAAGCGGCGUUGGCUACGUCAGGGAGCACUGAAGGGAAUAAUGCUGAGGAAUAA